CGUGAAGAGAUAGAGAGGAGAAAGUGGUAACCCCCAAAUUGGUAUUUGAGCUAUAAAGUUGCAAGCAAAGUGUCCUAAACUGAGGAAUUGGAAAAGUAGAACUUUGGCCAUUAUUGGAAGGUAGGUUUUCAUUCUCUCUCAUAUUGAACUUUUUCAAGGUGAAUCUGUUUUGGGUUCAAAAAAAUCUUUAAGGGGUCCUCCACUAAGCUUAUGGAGAUCUCACAUAUCAGAGGCUUAGCAGAAUUGGGAAUGGAGGAUCAUGGAUUCGUGCAUCAGUGGCCAAUGAACUCUGUUGAUGAUUUCAACACUCUGUCUAUGGCAGCUUCAUUCGGAGACAAUUUACACCCCUCUUUCGCUCACCCAAUCUUCGACUUCAAAACCUCAACAGAAUUUUCUCACACCGACGUCAAUAGGCCUAUGAAAGUGCCCAAAACCAACAAUUGGAGUUCCUCCAAAACCGAUCAUAUGCCAAACCAACACACUGCUGCUUCCACCCAACACCUUCAUUUUCUCAAUUCGAAUUACACAAACCAAGCCGGUAUUGUGAAGCCUAAACAGGAGGUAAUGUCUUAUAAAAAUACUACUGCUCUACCUUCUGAUGGUUUGGUUUCCCAAGCUUCAUUCGGAAACCAAAAUUAUGUGUUCAAGGCUUGUCAAGGAGCCAAGAGGAUUAGCACUAGCACUAGACUUUCUCAAACUCAAGAUCACAUCAUAGCUGAGAGGAAGAGGCGCGAAAAGCUCAGCCAGAGAUUCAUAGCUUUAUCUGCUAUAGUCCCAGGCCUGAAGAAGAUGGACAAGGCUUCUGUUCUUGGAGAUGCUAUCAAGUACUUGAAACAGCUUCAAGAGCGAGUCAAGACACUCGAGGAACAAACUAGGAAGAAAUCCAUGGAAUCAGUGGUCUUUGUGAAGAAAUAUGAGCUCUAUGCUGAUGGUGACAAUUCUUCCUCAGUUGAGAACUCCUCUAACGGCCCCUUUGAUGAACCGCUCCCUGAAAUCGAAGCAAGAUUGUCCGACAAAGAUGUCCUCAUAAGAAUCCAUUGUGAGAAGAAGAAAGGAGUUCUUGAAAAAGUAGUAGCUGAAGUGGAGAAACUCCAUCUAUCAGUAGUCAACAGCAGUGUCCUCACUUUUGGGAGUUUUGCGCUUGACUUGACCAUUAUCGCGCAGAUGGACACAGAAUUCUGCAUGACAUUGAAGGACCUUGUGACGAAUCUACGUUCGGCAUUUCAACUGUGUAUGUGAAAGAAGCAGCCUCAAAGUUCAAUACAUGUAUCAAAGUACCUCUAUUUUAUAAGUUUCUUUGUCAUUACAGUUUUACAAGCUUUUUGUAAACAAGGCUUGUAAGUCCUCCAUUUUAGACCAUUUUGCCUUCGAAUUUUUUGCUGUGAGGUUCAUUUUUCAGGAGGGUUUUUUUUUUUUCUGUUGAUUUUUGCAUGGUUUAUUUUGUUGACCAUGUUAAUCACCCAACUGUUGUAAAGGAAUGACCUCAUGGCUUGAUUGGGCUUCUUUUUUUUUUUUUUGGGAGGUUGAGAAAUCAACUAAACCUCUGUCUUGUGUCCCUUUCUCUUUCCUAGAAGUGGUUGGAAAGGGAUAAAUGGUUUUUUUUUUUGGUGGUUGGACAAACAAGGCCUUUGUAUCAGUAAAGUGUUUGGUCAGUGUCUCAGAGAGCUCUUGAAAAUUUUUCUUGAGUCUUUGUCUUUGUAAUGCUAUUUGGUUUGUAACAGUUUGGUUGACAAUAAUAAAAGUAACUUUUUUUCAUAA